AGCACAAAACUGUCCGAGGUCUGCCUGGAGCCCAGAUCCCAUGGAGGCAGCGGGCUGCAGCUACCAAUUCCGGAUCGCUCUGCUCGGGGACGCCGCGGUGGGCAAGACGUCACUGCUGCGGCGCUACGUGGCGGGCGCUCGGGGUGCGGUGGAGCCGGAGCCGGAGCCCACUGUGGGCGUGGAGUUCUACAGUCGCGCGCUGCAGCUGCCCGCCGGGCUGCGGGUCAAGCUGCAGCUCUGGGACACCGCGGGUCACGAGCGCUUCAGGACCAUCACCCGAUCCUUCUACCGGAACAUGGUGGGCGUUCUGUUAGUUUUCGAUGUGACCAACAGAGAAUCUUUUGAACACAUCCAAGCCUGGCACCAGGAGGUCUUAUCCUCUCAGGGCCCUGACAAGGUGAUCUUCUUACUGAUUGGCCACAAGUGCGACCUGAGCAGCCGGAGUGUCUCCACCCAGGAGGCAGAGGAACUGGCUGCCUCGCUGGGCAUGGCCUUCAUGGAGACCUCGGCCAAAAGUAACUGCAAUGUGGACCUGGCAUUUGACACUGUCGCCCGCGCCAUCGAACAGGCCCUGCAGCAGGGGGACAUCAAGCUGGAAGAGGACUGGGCAGGUGUCCGGCUCCUCCACAGAGCCCCAAACCCCAGAUCUCCCAGCAGAAAGCAGGACUCAGGCCCAUGCCAGUGUUGACUCUGGGAGAGAAAGGGUUACAGUGGUGCCAGCCUCAGACUCCCCAGGGGACUGGAGGACAAAUGACAAGACACUGCCUCCUGACAUGUUCCUGGCUUCUAAUUCUUGGCCCUUUUUUUUUGGUCAAGAUUGAACAACAGGGCUUGGCCAGCCACAGAUAUCUUCAGCCCUUUUAUCUCUUAUGUCUUCAGAAUGAUCUUGCUCAGUCCCCAGGCUAGCCUUGAACCUCAGCCUCUUGAGUGAUUGAGAUUACAGAAGUGUUCCACUAGGCCUGGCCCUCUUGUGGGUUUUUAGUUCACAGCACAACCCCUUUCUAGAGAGAAAUCUAAGCUCGGGUAUGCAAGUUAAUGUCAUUUAGCCAAGUUUCCUUAUCUAUCAGUGUGACGUGGCAGUCCAGAAAUGCCCAUAAUUCCCAAACUUGGAGGCAGGACAAAGAUGUCCUCAGCUUCAGAGAAUUCAAGGUCAGCCUGGGCUACAGAAGACUAUUGCAAAAAACAAGAAUAAAAACAUUUAAAACCUUCUUUUCUUAAUUCCACUGCACAGGGAGGCUGAGGCUGCAUAAGGGACAGGCUUGCUGCCUCAGAGACUGCCUCGCUGGCAGCUGAUAGCAAGUUUCUGGCUUCCUUUCUUGGCUCAACAUUUUCAUUCCUGGCAGCAUCCCUGGCCUGGGAGCCGGCUUCCCAGCAGCUCACUGCCUUGCUGUGGGCUAAUGUGGGGAAUUCCAGUGCAAGCUUGGCUUAGCGCUUCCCCAGCCCUUAGAGUAGCAUGGGUCUGGCCUUAGCACGCACGCGUUGCUUCUCACGGUUCCCACCCCAAGCUCAGCGACUACUGUUGAAUUUGGGGGUUGAUCAUGAAGGAGCUGCAGGGUGCCAAGGUCUUCCCUAUGAUCCUGCAUUCACAUCCCCAAGUCUUUUUCUUUCGCUUCCCGGGUCCUUGUGCAUAUGCUCUACCCCCAGAUCUAGAGGGGUGGUCUUAUUCUCCUUCACUUCCUUCCACCUUCUCAUUUCUUUCCUUUCUUGUCCUCAUCUCUCUCCUGCUACUUCUUGGACAGGAUUUUAUGUAUUAGAGGCUGGUUUCAACUUAAAAGUCCUAGCCAGCGGUGGUGAUGCUUUUAAUUCCAGCACUCGGGAGGCAGAGGCAGGUGGAUCUCUGUGGG